AAAACGUAUUUUAUUAUCCGAAUAUUUUAUUUAUCCAUAAUUUAUAAUAAUUUAUUUUUCUACACCACAUAUAUAUUUGUUACCAUUGGGUGCCUACUGUACCGACAAAACACCGUAUACAUAUAUAUCGUGUCUCUCACACUGCAGAACAGAACAGUUUAUUUGUGGGGAAUCAUUUUUAAUUAUAAUUAGAAAAGUGUUUGGCUUUUACGUUUUUAAUUAAUAGAUUGAACACAACAUAAAUCAGUGAAGCUGAUAUUAUCUUGUGACAAUGGAUGCCGACCUCUACGACGAGUUUGGCAAUUAUAUUGGCCCCGAUUUAGCAUCAGAAUCUGAAGAUGAAAAUGACUACGACAAUGUUGGAGAUGAUACUGAUGAGCGAGAACGAUCUGACGAAGAGAUGGAGGAGGAUAAAGAUGAACAGAGGGAUAAUUUGGAGCAACAAUCGAUGUCAGUUGUUUUACAUGAGGACAAAAGAUAUUAUCCAAGUGCCCUCGAAGUUUAUGGACCAGAUGUGGAAACCCUGGUUCAAGAAGAGGAUGCUCAGCCCUUGGACAAACCCCUAAUUGCCCCAACGAAAAGAUGUAAAUUUCAAAUCAAAGAACAGGAAUUACCAGAUACGACGUACAAUAUUGAAUUUCUCGCUGACAUGAUGGACACACCCCAUCUAAUCCGUAACGUCGUACUUCUGGGUCAUCUGCAUCACGGAAAGACAACCCUAGUCGAUUGUCUGGUGAGACAAACCCAUCCCAACAUUCACAGUGUAACGGAUGAAAAACCUCUGAGAUAUACAGACACUUUAUUCACGGAGCAACAACGUGGUGUCUCGACGAAAGCCACUCCUGUGACUCUGCUCUUGCAAGAUGUCAAAUCCAAAUCCUACCUGAUGAACAUCUUUGACACUCCAGGGCAUGUGAAUUUUUCCGACGAAGCAACAGCUGCAAUAAGAAUGUCAGAUGGGGCUAUUCUCGUCGUAGACGCAGCCGAAGGAGUUUUAUUAAACACAGAUCGACUCUUGAAACAUGCAAUCCAAGAAAAAUUAGCUCUGACUGUUUGCAUAAAUAAAAUCGAUCGACUUAUUCUGGAAUUGAAGCUGCCUCCCCUCGAUGCUUAUUACAAACUGCGUCAUAUUAUUGAAGAAAUUAAUGGUCUCAUUGCCCAGUACUCAGACAGUGACAAUCCAACUUUUGUUUCACCAGCAAUGGGCAACGUUUGCUUUGCUUCAUCAGAAUACAACGUCUGCUUCACGUUGAAGUCUUUUGUAGCUCUUUACGCUCGUCAGUAUUCCAAUAUCAAUGUGAAUGAAUUUUCGAAGAGACUCUGGGGUGACUUAUACUUCAAUUCAAAGACCAAGAAAUUUAUGAAAAAACCUCCUCACAAUACUGCUCAAAGAUCUUUCAUUGAAUUUAUACUGGAGCCUCUCUACAAAAUUUUUGCCCAAGUCGUUGGUGAUGUUGACACAACAUUACCCUCAGUACUGGAUGAAUUGGGCAUAAGACUGACAUCCGAGGAAAUGAAGAUGAAUAUCAGACCCCUGUUGAGACUAGUGUGCACCAGAUUCUUCGGUGAUUUGUCGGGAAUCGUGGAUAUGUGUGUGCAUCAUGUGCCAAGUCCUCAGGAGCAUGCAGCAUCCAAGGUACAGCACGUCUACACAGGUUCAAUGGAGUCAGAUCUAGCUAAAGAUAUGAUAAACUGCAAUCCAGAUGGAAGACUCAUGAUACACAGUACUAAGAUGUAUCCAACAGAGGAUUGCACUUUGUUUGUUGUUCUCGGAAGAAUAAUGUCGGGUACACUAGAAGCUGGACAGAAAGUUCGAGUUCUCGGUGAGGCAUAUUCACGAGCUGAUGAAGAGGAUUCGAGAGUGUUGAGUGUUGGUAGACUUUGGAUCAGUGAGGCUAGAUAUUCUAUUGAAUUGUCUAGAGUACCUGCUGGCAAUUGGGUACUCAUUGAAGGCAUUGACAGACCUAUUGUCAAAACCAGUACUAUAACGGAUCUCCAUAAUUCUCAAGAUUUGCACAUAUUCCGACCACUUAAAUUCAACACCCAGAGUGUCAUUAAAAUUGCUGUUGAGCCAGUUAAUCCAUCAGAGUUGCCAAAAAUGUUGGAUGGACUCAGGAAAGUCAAUAAAAGUUAUCCACUUCUGGGCACUAGAGUGGAAGAGAGUGGUGAACAUGUUGUUUUGGGAACUGGAGAACUGUAUUUGGACUGUGCUAUGCAUGAUUUACGAAAAAUGUAUUCUGAGAUUGAUAUCAAAGUGGCUGAUCCAGUUGUUGCUUUUGCGGAAACUGUCGUUGAAACGAGUUCACUCAAGUGUUUUGCGGAAACACCCAAUAAGAGAAAUAAAUUGACGAUGAUUGCCGAGCCUUUGGAGAGGGGUCUGGCCGAAGAUAUUGAAGCUGAAAAUGUCAAGAUCACGUGGAAUAAAAAACGCCUGGGUGAAUUUUUCCAAACCAAAUAUGAUUGGGAUCUUCUGGCAGCGAGGAGUAUCUGGGCAUUUGGACCAGAUUCCACUGGGCCAAAUAUUCUCGUCGAUGAUACCCUACCCUCAGAAGUUGAUAAAGCUUUGUUAAGCAGUGCCAAAGAUGCUAUUGUACAGGGCUUUCAGUGGGGAACGAGAGAGGGUCCUUUGUGUGAAGAGCCAAUUCGCAAUGUCAAAUUCAAAAUUUUGGAUGCUGUCAUUGCACCUGAGCCUCUACACAGGGGCGGAGGACAAAUCAUUCCAACUGCUCGACGUGUCGCCUAUUCAGCAUUUUUAAUGGCAACUCCACGGUUGAUGGAGCCCUAUUUAUUUGUGGAAGUUCAAGCCCCUGCUGAUUGUGUUUCCGCUGUUUACACAGUUCUUGCCAAACGUCGUGGUCACGUGACACAAGAUGCACCAGUACCUGGAAGUCCUUUGUACACGAUCAAGGCGUUUAUACCAGCGAUAGACAGUUUUGGCUUUGAAACAGAUCUUCGAACGCAUACACAGGGACAAGCCUUCUGUUUAUCGGUAUUUCAUCACUGGCAAAUUGUUCCUGGUGAUCCGCUGGAUAAAAGUAUUACAAUUAGACCACUCGAGCCACAGCCAGCUACACACUUAGCACGAGAGUUUAUGUUGAAGACGAGACGAAGGAAAGGACUCUCUGAGGAUGUUUCCAUCAAUAAGUUCUUCGAUGAUCCUAUGUUGCUCGAGUUAGCACGUCAAGACGUCCUUUUAAAUUAUCCACUUUGAAUUUUGUAUUUUUUUCGCAGGUGAAUUUAAUUACAUAUUUUUAUUCAAUACUUUGAGGGUAGACAAAUGAUGUGAAUAAUUAUAUUUCGUAAAUAUCAGAACAAUAUUAGAAAUGAAAAAAGAAUGAAA